AUGGCGCACAAACCAGCCAUCUGUACCAUGUCCUUGGGCCGGUCCUUUGCUGGCCACUCACUCCCCUACAAACUCACGCAAACCAAAGAACAUGGCUUCCAGGGCAUCGAAGUCUUCUACGAAGAUCUCAUUGACCUCACAAUUUCGAUGCCUGGCGGCGAAGCCCUCAUCGACAACCAGCUCGCCGCCGCGAGAUCGUUCAAAAACCUCUGCGAAGAAAGAGGCCUUGAGAUUAUAUGUCUCCAGCCCUUUAUGCACUUUGGAGGUCUGAUUGACAGCGAGAAACAAGAAGCACAGAUCCACGAUAUCAAUCGGUGGAUUCAGCUAGCCCACACCUUAGGCACGGAUCUCAUUUGUUUCCCCAGCUCGUUUCUCCCAGCUCCCCAAAUCACAGCCGACAUUGACACCAUUGUCCACGAUCUUCAAAGAGCGGCCGACUUGGGCCUUGCCUCCUCGCCGCCUGUUCGGUUCGCCUACGAGGCUCUGUGCUGGGGAACACGCAUCUCCACAUGGGAAGAUUCCUGGGAUCUCGUCCAGCGCGUGGACAGGGAGAACUUUGGCAUAUGCUUCGACACAUUCAACAUUGCCGGGCGCAUCUUUGCCGACCCUGCCGUCAAAAGUGGCAAGUGCGAGAAUGCCGAGGAAGCUACUCUUCAAUCUUUGAAGCGACUCGUGAAGAAUGUCGAUGUCAAGAAGGUGUUCCUACUCCAGGUCGCAGAUGCAGAACGCUUGCACGAACGUUUGGAUCAAAGACACGCCUUCCAUAGCGCGGACCAGCCCGCUCGGAUGAGCUGGUCAAGAAACUGCCGCUUGUUCUAUGGCGAGUCGUCACACGGGGCAUAUCUGCCUGUCAAGGCUGUGCUUGCCGCUGUCGUCAGGGGAUUGGGUUUCCAGGGUUGGCUCAGCUUCGAGGUGUUCAAUCGACGGCUGGCGGAUCGCGAUACGAGUGUACCAGAGGAGAUGGCCAAGAGGGCAAGUGUGGCGUGGGAAAAGAUGGUCAGAGAGGUGCCCUUGGACGUGAGGCCCACCACCACAAAGCGGGCCACUCCUGUAUCGGUACAGCACCGCUUAUCAGCUAUGCUGUGA